CUGGACGGGACCCCCGGAAGUGGCGAGGGCGGAGUUAGCUCUGCCGAGUGCUAUCAGCCGCUUAGCAAAGAUGCUGCUGGACCUGUCGGAAGAGCAUAAGGAGCACCUAGCCUUCCUGCCGCGAGUGGACAGCGCUGUGGUCGCCGAGUUUGGGCGGAUUGCAGUGGAGUUCCUGAGGCGAGGCUCGAACCCUAAGAUCUACGAAGGCGCCGCCAGAAAACUCAGUGUGAGUACUGACACCGUCCAACAUGGUGUGGAAGGAUUAACAUACCUCCUCACUGAGAGCUCAAAGCUCAUGAUUUCUGAAUUGGAUUUCCAAGACUCUAUUUUUGUUCUGGGAUUCUCUGAAGAAUUGAACAGAUUGUUGCUUCAGCUUUAUCUGGACAACAGAAAGGAGAUCCGAACUAUUCUGAGUGAAUUGGCACCAGACCUUCCCAGUUACCACAACCUUGAAUGGAGACUAGAUGUACAACUUGCAAGCAGAAGUCUCAGACAACAGAUUAAACCAGCAGUGACUAUAAAGCUACAUCUUAAUCAGAAUGGAGAUCCCAGCACCAAAGUUCUGCAGACAGACCCAGCUACUCUGCUCCAUUUGGUUCAGCAACUGGAACAAGCAUUGGAGGAGAUGAAAACAAACCACUGUAGGAGAGUUCUACGCAACAUCAAGUAGUACCAGUUUUAAGGUUUUAAUCCCUUGAAUCAUUUGUGAACUGAUGAUAAGCAGCAAUUACUUUUCAGAAUUAUUAUUUUUUUAAAAUCAGUGGUGGUAAGUACCUUUGGUCGGAUGAUGUUUCAUUUCCUUUACCAAGAUAUUGAGGUCAUGAUGAAAAGCUAAAAUAAAGUUCCUUACCUGGU